AUGUUGUUAGCAGAAAUCAAUUUCCUCAAAACUUGCCUUCAUGUAAUCACAGUUAUUGCUUGCCCACUUCACGUACUCGGCUGCUACUGUAUUCUAUUCAAGACUCCGAAAACAAUAGGUUCCGUGAAAUGGUCACUAAUGAAUCUUCACUUUUGGUGUAUGAUGCUUGACUGGUCGAUCACUAUUCUCACAGUACCAUUAUUAUUGUUUCCAGCGUUGGCUGGAUACCCACUGGGUAUUCUCACCGUAUUGUUUAAAGUUCCUGCUGUUGUGCAAACCUAUUUGGUGGUGACUAUGUGUUUUGGUGAGUGCAAGGGAAGUCUUUAUAGACGCCGCUUUGAUCAAUACAUUUGGUCAUAA